CUUCCCCAAUUUACAGUAUCUGAGUUUAGCUCACUGCAGAAAAUUCACAGACAAAGGUUUACUGUACCUGGGCUCUGGAAAAGGCUGUCACAAGCUCAUCUGUUUGGACCUUUCAGGUUGCAUUCAGGUUUCAGUUGAUGGCUUCAGAAAUAUUGCCAAUGGCUGCAGUGGGAUUCAAGAUUUGCUAAUUAACAAAAUGCCAACUCUUACAGACAGAUGUAUUCAAGCUCUGGUUGAAAAAUGCCAACAGAUAAUGUCUGUUGUCUUUCUUGACUCUCCACAUCUUUCUGAUGCAACUUUUAAAGCCCUUGCUGAAUGUAAACUUGUCAAAGUCAGCAUUGAAGGGAAUAACCAAAUUACUGAUUUAAGUUUCAAGUUGAUGAGUAAAUGCUGCCCAUACAUCAGGCACAUUCAUAUGGCUGAUUGCCAGAAGAUUACAGAUGCUGGUCUUAAGAUGAUUUCACCAUUGAAGCAUAUUCUUAUACUGAAUGUAGCAGACUGCGUAAGAAUCAGUGAUGGAGGUGUAAGGCCAUUUGUACAAGGUUCUUCAGGAGCUAAGCUGAGAGAGCUGAAUUUGACUAAUUGUAUUCAUGUCACUGAUGCUUCUGUCACAGAAAUAGCACAAAGAUGUCAUGAAUUGACCUACCUAAAUCUGUGUCACUGUGAAAAUGUGACUGAUGCUGGAAUCGAAGCCUUGGGAAAUAUGUCGUCCUUGAUAUCCAUUGAUAUCUCUGGAACCAGCAUCUCAGAUACGGGCUUGAGAGCUCUUGGCCACCAUGGAAAAAUAAAGGAACUUUCUAUAUCAGAAUGCAAAAACAUCAGUGAUACUGGGAUUCAGGAGUUCUGCAAGGGCACAAAAUCCCUGGAAUACUGCCAUGUCUCUUACUGCCCUCAGCUGACGGAUGAAGCUGUGAAAGCAAUGGCAUUUCACUGCCACACACUAAUAUCUGUCAACAUAGCGGGUUGCCCAAAGAUGAGUGAUACCUGUAUCCAAUACUUGGCUGCAGCCUGCCAUUAUCUCCACUUCUUGGAUGUCUCAGGUUGCAUUCAUCUGACUGACAAAGCACUGAAAUAUCUUUGGAAAGGUUGUAAACAACUCCAGAUUCUCAAGAUGCUGUACUGUAGAAAUAUUACCAAACAAGCUGUUUUGAAAUACACAGCCCAAGUGGAGAAACAAGAACAUAAUGAUGCUGACCCUCCUUCCUGGCUUGGAUAUGACCGGGAUGGUAACAUAUUCCCUUCACCAAAAACCACACAUCAGAGCCCGAAUAAACAAAUUCUUCAAAAUGAAAGAUGA